GGGCUUGCGGCCCCGGGGAGCCCCUCCCAGGCCCGCGGCUGGGCGCUCGGUGCGGCGGUGUCACUGGGAGGGGAGGAGGGGAGGAAGAGGUGGCGGCAAGGUCGCAGUCCGAGGCUCGGGCGCCGGCCCCAGCGGAUCCCAGCGGCGGCUCUCUGAGUAUCCGCGCCGCUCGCCGGCCGGGCGCCCCCGCGCUCCGCCGCCCCCGGCGCUCGCCCGCCCGCCCGCAGGAGCCGCGCAGCGCCCACCGAGGUGGGAGGGCCGGGCGGCCGGGAGGCGGGCGCGCGGCGGCGCCCCGUGCGGCACACGUGCCGCGGUCGGCGGUUGGGCCCGGCUGAGACAGCAGCAUGGGACAGGUGGUCUGCAAGAGCCUCUUCCAGUCGCUGUUCGACUACAAGACCGCAAAGUAUGUCAUCGCCAAGAACAAGAAGGUGGGCCUGCUCUACCGGCUCCUGCAGGCCUCCAUCCUGGCCUACCUCGUGAUCUGGGUGUUCCUGUGGAAGAAGGGUUACCAAGACACCGACACCUCCCUGGAGAGCAGCAUCGUCACCAAAGUCAAGGGCGUGACCUUCACUAACACCUCAGAUCUCGGGGCGCGGCUCUGGGAUGUUGCCGACUACGUAAUCCCACCCCAGGGAGAGAACAUCUUCUUCAUUGUCACCAACCUGAUUGUGACUCCUAACCAGCGGCAGGGAACCUGUGCUGAGAGUGAAAACAUCCCUGAUGGCCUGUGCUAUAAGGACAGCGACUGCCCUCCUGGGGAGCCUGUUGUGGCUGGAAAUGGAGUGAAGACUGGCCGCUGCCUGCGGGCUGGGAAAAUGCAAAGGGGCACCUGUGAGAUCUUCGCCUGGUGCCCAGUGGAGACAAAGUCCAGGCCAUCGAAGCCACUCCUGGGCAAGGCUGAAGACUUCACUGUUUACAUAAAGAACUUCAUUCGCUUCCCCAAAUUCAACUUCUCCAAGACCAAUGUGCUGGACACCGAAGACAGAUCUUACCUGAAGUUCUGUCAAUUUGACCCCAAGAACCUCUACUGCCCCAUCUUCCGAGUGGGGUCCUUGGUCAGCUGGGCGGGGAGCAACUUCCAGGACAUAGCCCUGCAGGGUGGUGUGAUAGGAAUUCAGAUCGAAUGGGACUGUGAUCUUGAUAAAGCUCCCUCCGAAUGCAAUCCUCGCUAUCAUUUUAGCCGUCUGGACAACCAAUUUUCAGAAAAAUCUGUCUCUUCUGGGUACAAUUUCAGGUUUGCCAAAUACUACCGAGAUACAGAGGGGGUGCAGUUCCGAACUCUGAUGAAAGCCUAUGGGAUCCGCUUUGAUGUGAUGGUGAAUGGCAAGGCAGGGAAGUUCAGCAUCAUCCCCACGAUCAUCAACGUGGGCUCUGGGGUGGCGCUCAUGGGUGCUGGGGCUUUCUUCUGUGACCUGGUGCUCAUCUACCUCAUCAAAAAGAGCAACUUUUACCGCAACAAGAAGUAUGAGGAAGCCAGGGAGCUAGGGGUCUGUCUCCAGCCGGUGGAGUCCUCGCGGCAGGGUGGGGCCCCGGAGACUGAGGACGCGGCGGGGCCAGGGCUGCCAGAGCUGCCAGAGGCGCAGGACGGAGGUGGCAGCCCGAAGGAGAAUGGCUGUGUGUGCCGGCAGCUCCUCGAGCCCGCCAGGUCUGGCCAUCUGGGGAAUGGAAAGGUGAAUGUGGAGCAGCCACAGAACCUGCAGACAGUGGAGGCGUAGCCAGAGGUGUUGGCUGAGAGCAGAUUUGGCGAAGACCUUGGAGGCAGAACCGCCUGCAGCUCUGAACUGGGAAGAGUCGUCGUUGUGUCUGCAUGGGACGGGGCUUCCAGGCACAGCCAUCUCUCCUGCACUUUGGGAUCUUGCUACAAGCUUUUUGUUGUGUGUGUAGGGAGGGGAGCCCCCCAGUGGCUAGAAGGCUCAGAUCUAGAAGAGGAGGCCCUUGGAGAGGGAAGGGCGGCCGGUUUCACUUUUUCUGAGACUCCAAUUGGACAUUGAUGCAUUCAUACAUGCAGUAAACAUUUUUUGCUGUGGGCUGGACCCUAUCCAAGAGAUGCUUAAAUGAGACGCUGACCUGGCCUUCAGGGAGGGGAGCACAUUGUAAUUCCCUCAAGAGCCAAGACGUCACUGCCAGGCUCAGCCACUCCAGCCUUCCUCCAGCCUCUUGCUGAGACCUUCACAAAUGCCUCUAGAGAAUGAUGGCUCCUCAGAGGAAGACCUUAGCCAACAUCCAAGGGGACAUUUGGCUUUGCCCCAGGGAUCAAAUUUAAAGGUGGCAACCAGGAAAGGACUGGACCCAUCAGGAGGCAGCUGGCCCUUGAGGGGAGAGGGAGCCUCCGAGAGCUUCUAGGUAAGAGGGGAAGGGGAGGCAGGAGGCCUCUGCUCCAGUCUGACCGCCCGGCCUCGGGAACCUCUGGGCAUAGCGUCUCGUCCAGGUGGGCGAUCAUCUGCCUGUGUGGUUUGGCUCUUGCUGUUCUGUGGGGCUGGGUGUCCCUGCCCGGCUUCCCUCCCUCUCUCCUCAAAGGCUGGGUCUGAAGAGCUAAUGAGACAAUGGGUGGUGCUCACUCAGCAGGUGGAAACAGUUGUUGUUAGGGAGGCCCUCAGCCCUGCCCCUUCUUUCCCACCCAGACCCUGCAGAACUCUGCUGCUUCCUUCCCUUAGUGGCUGUAGAGCCUUACUACUCAAAGUAUGGUCCGUAAACCAGUAGCAUGGGCAUCACCUGGGAGCUUGAUAGAAAUGCAGUCUCCAGCCCCUCCCUCAUCCUCCUAAAUCAGAAUCUGCAUUUCAACAAGAUUCCCAGGUGAUCUGUGUGUACGUUAAAGUUUGAGGAGCACUCGUUGAGAUCUGCAAAGCCUGGUUCUGAGCGAGGAAAAGGCCAGCUUUGGUGGUGGCGCCCAUUUCUAGGUCAGACUUACAGGCAUUCUACCUUGAGAACGAGGGGAUCCCAGCCCUGGGGAAGUGGUAUUAUGCUUAAUUUGUUUAAAUUAAAAUAUUCUGACUAGAUAAUACUUAUAUGAUUCAAAAUUUAAAAGGUACAAAAGAAUAGACAGUGAAAAGCUCCCCUCCCACCCCUGUUCCCCAAGGCAACUUGUGUUACCAAUUCCAGGAGGCUCCCUUGUUUUGCUGAGAAUCCACUUGAUUACUUGCGCCCUCACUCAGCAAAUGAGCUUUUCCUGAGGCCUGCAGUGUCAGUCUCCUCUAUCAGAAAGGGACUCAAUGGAAUAUGCUUAAAUACUGGGCUGGGGAUCUGGCUAGCUCACCUCUUCCUCUCCCAAUGUCUGAGGAGCCUGUGUGUAAACCCAAGGAGGAACCUAGAACUCAUCACUCACUGCUGUCUGACCCACUUGGCAGCAAAGGCCCGCAGUGCUGCCUCUGGCCUAGCAAGCCCCACUGCUCCCACACACGAGGGAACGUCCUCUCUGAAGGGCUCUCUCUGGGCCUCGCUCGAGUCAGAGAAGCCUGGUUCCCCUCUGUACACAGAGGAGGCGGUAAGCAUCUUUCCACUGGGGACUUUGGAGACGGUCAGAAGGGGCCUGAAAGAGGGUCUCCGGCGAGGCUUUGCCACUGGGGCAGAGGGGAAUGGUCCUCAGAACAGGAACCCUUCUAGAGGAAGCAGCUCCCUCACCUUGGGCUGCCUGGUAACCUGUCAACAAGCCCACCCACCCUCUGAAUAGAAAAAUCCGGGUGAUCCACUGUGGUGUUUCACUUCUUCACUAAUGCAAACCCUUGGGUUUGAUAAUCUGGCAUGUUCCUUUUAUGUUUGGGAGGAAGUAAAAAGGGCAGGGGGUUGUGGCUGCUUAGGGGUUGGGCUGUUUUUGGAAUUGCUUUGCAGCAGCCAUAUAACUUGGCCAUAUAACCUGGGGACAGUCGUACUAUUUAUUUUAUACUGGAAUGAAAAUGUCUUCCUAUAGUAUUCAUUCAGUAAAUACUUAUUGAGUACCUGUUGUGUCAGGUGUGGGACUGAAUGCUGGUGACACAGUGGCGAGCAACACAGAAACAGCCCCUGCCCCAGUGCUUACAGUCUUUGUUAGCAGUGCCCUCGAGUCGACUCUGACUCCUAGCGCCCCCGUGUGCAGGAGAGCGGAACCCUGCCUGGUCUUUCUGUGCCACGCUCUCACCUUCCGGUGCUGUCAGACUAUGCUCUGCUGCUAGUCAUAGGGUCUUCAUGGCCAGUUGUUUGGGAAGUGGGUAGCCAGGUCUUCCUUCCUAAUCUGUCUAGUCUGGAAUCUCUGCUAAAACCUGUCCACUAUGAGUGACCCAGCUGGUAUCUGAAACACCGCCGAGUGCCGAAUCUUAACCACUAGACCACCAGGGCCGGCUGCUUACAGUCUAGGGGGCCGAAUCUUCAUCAGGGGUCAUGCAUGUAGUCACAGACUCAAGUGAGUUCUCAAUGAGUAGCCAGAGGUUUCCCCAAGGAACUGACAUCUGAAAGAUUAGUAGCAGUCUAACUAGGUGAUGGGGAAGCAUUCCAGGUAAGGGAACCGCAUGUGUAAAAGAAAUGCCUUGAUGUGAGCAGGAGCAACAUAGGAACUGGAUUGAGACCGUAUGACUGGAGCCAGUUUUCUUGUCAUCAACUUGCUUUAAUUUUAAGAGUUGCCCCAUUAGGCCCUACUGCCAUAAAGGACUUACUCAACCUAAUUGUUUUCUUCAAGUCCAACAAAGCCUUCCAGGUGGCCUCCAUACUACACGUCAGGGGCCCACAUUACCGCUUCUGGAUAGUGUUGCACACUGCCAAAGUUUCCUUGCUUUUGCACAGCUCCCCCACUUUUUUGGGGAUAGUUUUGGUACAUAAUUGGGAGGCUCACUAAUCUUAUAGAAACUAGUUUUGUAAUGGGAAGAAGUGGGCACUUGAGCUCCUUUCAAACUUGGGAAAGCCCCUUUCUGUCAGGGUGGCCGAUGCCUCAUCAGGAAGAUGUGUGUGCCAGCCUCUCAAGAGCUUCUUUCCAUGCUGACGUUCAGGAUCAUGAAUUGUCUAUGUGUACGUUCAGGCCCUGGCCUAAAGCCAUCUACUUGGUAUUUUCCUAAUGACUGAGUUAUUCCAUGCCUUGGGAGUACUCUGAUGCUGGCCCAUGUGAAGUUUGUAAAUUGGGUGCUAUCAAUGUGAUACCACAGGACCAGCCAUGAAAAAGCAAAGUUCCCUCUUCUGAUAAAGGGGUCAUCAGGACUGACUAGUCACGGCUGCCUUUUGUGCCGGCCGCACAUCAGUUCUUCCUUCUCAGUGGUUGGCUGCCCCACUGGGGGACCAGUCAUAAAGGAGGAUUGUGACUUCCUCCAGGUGUCUCUAAGGACUACAGUGCCCUGAAGAGUCGUAAAUCACCCCACUUGGAAUGGCAUCUUGCAUGUCUGGAAAAGGGCUCCAUUUGGCUCCAACCCACCCCCUUCCACCCAAGUGAUGCAACUUCACUUCCUCGAGCAUACUCUCCAGAGAACGCAAGAACGCUCUCUCUCCAAAGGAUGCACCUUUCUUCCAGCUGCUUGUUUCCCCUUAAGCCAGUACACAGAAUUAAAGGGGGAAGAUGGCAAACAUUUUCUGGGACCUGUCCAAUAUAUGUAUUCUUUGACAUUUUUAUUUGGUUAUAAAACAAUAAAAGGUGUAA